GUUAGUGACGACACUUCCCCCUCCCUCCUCGGAUUCAUCCUGAAGUUUUUUCUCCCCCUCUUCCCUUCAGGGCGCUGGGAAGUCAACUUUUCUCUGUCUUUUUUUCCAGUUUAAACCAAAAACAGCAGCAUGUCGCCGCCGUCUCGCCGGCUUCAGACGAAGCCAGUGAUCACCUGCCUGAAGACUUUCCUCAUCUCCUACAGCCUCAUAUUCUGGUUCACAGGCGUGAUCUUGCUGGCCGUCGGCGUGUGGGGGAAGGUGAGCCUGGAGGCCUAUUUCUCUCUGUCCUCAGAGGAGAAUACCAAUGCGCCAUAUGUCCUCAUCGGGACCGGAGCCACCAUCGUUAUUUUCGGACUGUUCGGUUGCUUCGCUACAUGCCGCGGCAGCCCGUGGAUGCUCAAACUGUACGCCAUGUUUCUGACCUUGGUGUUCCUGGCUGAGCUUGUGGCCGGUAUCUCAGGCUUUAUCUUCAGACAUGAGAUCAAGGCCAAGCUCGGCGACGCCUAUAAAAAGGCCGUGAUGUCUUACAAUAGCACAGACAGCAGCAGCAUUGCAGUUGAUGCCAUCCAGAGGACUUUGCAUUGUUGCGGGGUGAACAACUAUACUGACUGGAAUGACACGCAGUAUUUUAAAGACAAAGGCAUCCCCGCCAGCUGCUGUGAAGACAACACCAAAUGCUCACCGGAGACCCUGAAAGACCUUGACAAAGCCAAGAAAGAGGUGUACAAAGUGGGCUGCUUCAAACAGGUGACCCAUGUGAUGGAGUCCAACCUGGGGAUCAUCGCAGGGAUCUCUUUUGGGAUCGCAUUCUUCCAGCUCAUUGGCAUAUUCCUGUCCUGCUGCUUAUCUCGAUACAUCACCAACAACCAGUAUGAGAUGGUCUAACAGCGACCUUCCACAGGUCACUGACGUGCAGCUCCUGAUGCAAACUGAAUUGAAAGAAUCUCCUGUGAUUUUAAUAUUGUGCGCAUGUUAGUUAUUAUUUUAGACAGGGAAAAACACUCACUGCUUCUUCUUUUAUUCACCAAUGACAAAUACGCAGAAAGGAUAAAAUGUUAAGGGAAAUCCAAAAAAGGGACAUAACCUGCAGUGUAGUUUGACCAAAAAACAAAAGGGACCUAAACACUUCAUCAUUUGUUACUCCUGGGAUUUAAUUAGGGAUUUAUAUAAAGUGUAGAUGUUACUUUCAUUUGAGUUAAUUAACUCUAACAAUUGUCAACAUUUCCAUUUAUUGUGUCUUUUGUAUAAUACAGCUGCCUUAUUUUGUAAUUUUGCUAAAAGUUAGUCUGUAGCUGAGCAGAUAAAAUCUAGACAAUAAGCUGUUAAAUGUUAAACAACACAAAGUGAAUUUCUGUGUGUGUGAAACCAACAUAAGCCUUACAGGCGGACUAAAAGAGGUCACCACCUGAAAUCUAGUGUGUGUGAUUCACAGCGAGGACUUUAAAAUGAGCCUUACUGAUUACGGAGGCCAGUAUUGUGAGUCACCCCAACCAACUUCUUAUCACAGUCUUCAGUGUUAAAUUGUUAUUCUUUUGUGGAUGCAUGUGAAAUACUUGAAAAAAAAAUAAAUAAAGAUGAAAUUUAGUAUCUUUAA